AUGCACAAUUAUCAAGACUAUUCAUCAAAUGAAUCCCCUUUAAGUCCACCAGUUGUUACACAGAUUACAUCAUCUAAUAUUGUUACACCAACACCACCAGCAGCAACAACAAUAACAACAGCAGUCACUGGGACUAUUAACACAUUAUCGAAAAGUAAAUUGGAUUUCAAUGUGUCAACCACUGCUACUACUACUACUACUAUUCCUGUGUCAGAUUUGUAUAAAAAUGAUUCAGUGACGGUGAAUUUUGUAGAGACUCGUGGAGAUACUACUCCUGUUACGCCUAUUGGAAAUAUUAGUAGUAGUGGUCAACAGACAAGUGAAUUCGCUAAAUCCUCUCUUAUUGGUAUAUCACCGAAAAUUUCUGAGUAUAUCUUAGCAAAACCGAAGCGGCCUUCAUUAAUCCGUAGAAAAGCGAAUAUUACAGAUACAGAUGCCUUCGAUGUGGUUAGUACAACUUUGGGAACAACAACAUCAACAACUACGACAAUUACUACGAAUAUUACAGGCAUUAGUAGUAGUGUUGGUGGUGGUGUUGUUGUUGGUGGUGGUGGUAGUGGGGGAAUUGAUUCAACUUUUCUAAUGACUAAAAAGACUAAUUCAACAGAAGAACAAAAUCAUGCCGUAUUAUCCCCCUCGACAACAUCAAUAUCCUCAUCCUCGUCAACAUCGAAAAAGAAUGAUCCAGGCAUUGAAUAUAGUAAUAAACUGAAAUCAUCAACACAACAAACAUGUCCACCGCUUCAACAGUGUCCUUCAUCCUCUGCAGUAUCUCCAUUAGGCUGUAGCCUACAACAUGAUUCAUUGGAUCAUUCACCUGGAAGUAAAAGUCGGGAGAAUAUCAACACUCCAUCUGUUCCUGUCACGAGCAGAAAUAAAUCCAAAGAGAAUGAAACCUCUUCAUCAAAUUUAAUCAAUAAAACUGUAGUGAAAUCUGCUUCAAUUUCACCAUCGAAAAAGCAUCGUUUAAAGCAUCAAAUCUCACAGCCAAUGAAUACACGGAAUCGUACCUCACGUAAAAUGAGUACAUCAUUAUAUUGUAAUUCAGAUACAAGUUUUUUAUCUAUGCUUGCAGCAAGUCGUCCAUCUGCAGCUAAAGGUUUAUUGGGUGUAGCAAGUGCAGCAUUAGCAGCAGCUAGAGCUGGUACCUUUUUAAAUACACCUGGAACUAGUGAAACGCUUAAUACAUCUAGUAAGCUGGAUAAUAAUGCAAGAAGUUCGCAUUCUGCUGAAAGAAGUCAACAACAACAACAACACACUUAUUGCCAUUAUCAUCAGUAUCAUCAUCCGGAUAACAGUCAUCAUCAAAUAGGAUGUGUAUAUUGUUCCAAUUGUCCACUGAAAUCAUCAUCUCUACAACACAGACAAACAUUAUCACCAUCAGAUAAAAUGAAUUGGUUAGGUGAACAGUUAUUGUUACACGGGUAUAAGACAAGACGAUUUUCUGAUCCCGACUUAAAUGUCACAGAUGAAUGCAUCGAUACAGCUUAUUUAAAAUUAUUAAUCUAUUUAACGCAUAAAUCUCCACAUAUCUUCGAAGAAGAUCCCUUGCAGUAUUACCCUGAACAAUUGUUACCUGAGAAUUAUAUCCAGAAUAAUCGUAAAACAUCUCUGCAUGAUGUAAUCCCAACAACUGGAAAACCUGUCAUCGGGUCAGAGAUACCAACUGAUGAAUUAACUAAUUUUAAUUCUGGAAUUUAUACAAGUUUAAUGGAUUUAAAUGCUGCAAAUUUUUUAUCACCAGGGAAUGAUUUAAGUGAAAUAAAUCAUUCAUAUUCUGAUUUCUUAGAGGCAAAAGAGCAUUCCAAUGUAUGCGCGUGUUGUCGACCAGGUAUAUCUAAUCAGGACUUGGAUAGUAAUACUACCACUAAUAAUAAUAAUCUACUAUCGACACAGUCUUAUCAACAUCCACAGCAUCAUUCCUCAUCACUUCAACAACACAAACCAGUUGGAUUGAAUAAAUAUGAAGUGAAAUCUGGUUUAUCUAAAGGUAACACUGCGAUGACAGUUCCUGUGAAUAAACCAAGACGUGCUGGACUCGAUGCAAUUGGAUUAGAUUUUAUGCGUGCCAAUGGUGCAAGACCAGGUUUAAUACAAUUAAGACAUGUGAAAGAGUUUAAAGCCGCUAAGGAACUAGAACAACAACAACAACAACAGCAACACCAACAACGGAAAGAAGAAGUUCAUGAGUCGAAGUCAAAAGUGAUGAAGCAUUCAAAUAUUGCUAAAAUUCCAAUCGGUUUAUUCCCUGCGAGUACAACAUCAACUAGCAGUGGUCCAAGUAGUGGUGCAACUGGUGUUAGUGGCCAAGGGAAUGUAAGUGGAGGUGUGUUUGGAACACAUUCAUCAUCAAGUCCAUUUCAUCAUCUUAUAUCUGGUGGUGUACUCGGUGCUACUGUAUUGACAUUAGCCGCUAAAGAUGGUCGUUCAACAACAAAAGAUGCCUUAAAACAAAAUCAACAACAUCAGCAACAACAACAACAAGCACAACCUCAAGCAUCAUUAAUUUCAGUGGAUAAGCCAAACAAACAAUUGAGUGUAGAGGAUGCUAAUAUAACUGUCAAAAUAUGUGAUCGUCAAAGAAAUCAUUAUAGCACUGAAGGCUUCUUAGGUGAAACAGAUCAAGACAGUAAUUUCACAGAUUUAACGCCUCAUACUUUAUCACCACAUCAGUGUGUUGACAGUCAUGAGGCUUUAGUGGAACUGGCUCAUCAGAAUAAACUUCACCUAUCAAAUGAAAUAAGUCAAACGCCUUCAGAGAUACAUGCAAAUAAACAUCUUCGACGUCUUGAUAAAUUACGCAAUAAAUUAGCCCGUUCUGCAACAGUGACUUCAUCAUCACCGACAAAAAAGCAUCCUCCUUAUCAGAUGACAAAUACUACUCAUCAGCAUGAAUCACAGACAAUUGGAUUACAAGAGACGCUGAGUGUACCAGGUUUGACAAGAGGAUGGACUGAUGACAGUGAUUAUACGGAUGACUAUAAUAUUUAUAAACGAAAUAACUCCACAGAGACAGAUGGUCGACCGCCUAGUCAUGACAGUAGUAGUAUGUCAUUGCAUACACAUUCUGCUGUUCUCUAUACUGAUUCUGGAUUAAAACAAACCGAUUCAUUGAUUCAAACCAAUCGAGGCUCCAGUUUUAAACUACCGAAUACUGAGAUAAAUUCAUUUUCAAAACAAUCAAGUCUAGAAAAGAAUGAUACAAAGGCUGUACAAUACAAUAAUAAUUCAUUAAAAAAUGAACAACGUGCAAAUAGUGUGACAAAUUAUUUAAAUAUUUUUCAAAAUUCUGCUUGUCAAACAAGAUUAAAACGAUUAAGGGAUAAUUUUGAAAAGAGUAGAAGUUCCACGUAUACCUGGAGACCAACAUGGACUAUGGGUGAGUUGUUGGAGAAUAGAACAGAUGAAGAACAACCAUUAAUGGUUACCCGGAUAUCUGGUAGUGAUUCUAGGGUAUUUCAUACCUCUGAACCAUUGAAUACUACAGCGGAGAAAAAAACGAUUACAAAACCGACACCGACACCAACAUCAAUCCCGAUGUCGAUUACACCACUGACACAAACAUCAUUUGAAGCGAAUGAAAAUGUCAGUAAUCAGAUAGUCGACGUGUGUUUAGUUAAAAAACAGGAGAGAUAUUCACCGAAUGUAACAAUAGAAAAAGCUCCUAGUGAGAAAGAUGAAGACGAAGUACAGAAAAGAUCAUUGGAAGCACCGUUAAUCAGUGUCGACUCAGAGCUGGAGGAUACAAACGAUGACAGUGAACCGAAUAUUAUGCAACGUCGACGUGAUGCUAUGAAUAAUCAACAUCAACAGAGAACAAUAAAAAAUGUUGGCUAUCGAUUAGGCAAACGUAAACGUCUCUUUGAAAAACGCUGUCGAAUAUCUGAUUUCUCAUUAAGUUUUGCUGUAUUCGGUAUAUUGGUUAUGCUAAUUGAAACAGAGUUCACAUUUGCCGGAGUCUAUGAAAAGGAUUCCAUCUAUUCAUUUAUUACAAAGUUAUGCAUAUCAAUAUCAACCUGCAUUCUACUGGGUCUAAUUCUCGCUUAUCAUGUUUAUGUGAUCAAGAUAUUUUCUUGUGAUGAUUCUAUUGAAGACUGGCGAAUGGCAGUCGAUUAUAAUCGUGUAUUUCAAAUGACUCUUGAAGUACUCAUCUGUAUAAUACAUCCAUUCCCCGGAUCAUAUCUUAUCCAAUUUCCUAUAUCGUCUUCCUUCGUCGGUCCAGGCACGGAAAUCUACUCACCACUUUAUCAUAAUUCACAAUCUGUAAAAUCUAUGAAUAUCGACAGUGGAACACCGACAGUGGCGUCUGUAGCAUCCACAGUAUCAGGUGGAUCAAUGACAACUACACAACAACUACUGUCUAAAAUGAGCAUAAAUAAAACGUAUAUGCAUAAACCAUCAACUACUCUAGCCUCUAUGCCUAGUAUUCAACCGUUUACAUCGCAUACCUCAGUGGAUCGUAUACAUGGAGGUCCAGUUAAAAUGGUGUCUAUUGAUCUGAUUCUAUCAGUUCCAAUGUUUUUUAGAUUAUAUCUACUAUUUCGUGUUAUGCUGUUACAUUCGAAAUUGUUUACAGACGCUGGAUCACGUAGUAUUGGUGCAAUGAAUAAAGUGAAUUUUGAUACAAAAUUUAUUUUUAAAACACUGAUGACAAUGUGCCCUGGCAAACUUCUUCUGGGUUUUAUUUUAUGCCUAUGGAUUGUUUAUUCAUGGACGUUAAGAGCAUGUGAAAGUUUUUAUGAUACAGAAAAUGGGAAUUUACUCAAUUCAAUGUGGUUAAUAGCUGUAACAUUUUUGAGUAUUGGUUACGGUGAUAUUGUACCGCAUACAUAUUGUGGUCGAGUUAUCGCUUUAGCAACUGGUGUCAUGGGUUCUGGUUGUACAGCGCUUGUGGUAGCUGUAUUUGCAAGAAAAUUGGAAUUAUCCAAAGCUGAAAAGCAUGUGAUUCAUUUUAUGAUGGAGAAUCAGUUAAAUAAAAAGGUGAAAAAUUAUGCAGCUAAUGUACUUCGAGAAACAUGGCUUAUUUACAAAUAUACAAAGCUUGUUAAACGUGUAGAUGCUUCAAAAGUGAGAACACAUCAGCGUAAAUUUCUGAGAGCGAUUCACGGUCUUAGACGGAUGAAAAUGGAUCAGAGGAAAGUGCAGGAUUCAGCGAAUACUUUGGUCGAUUUGGCUAAGACACAAACAAAUAUUUAUGAAAUUGUUACUGACUUACGAAUGGAACAAGGGUGUUUACAACAUCGAAUGGAGAACUUAGAAACAUCUUUGAUAAAAGUACAGGAACAAUUAAGAGCCUUACCUGGUCUUAUUAGAACAGCAAUUAUACAACAACAUAUAGCCUAUCAAAAAUUAGUAACACCUCAGACAACUACAUCGACAACAGCAACAACGACAACGACAGCAACCUCAGCAACAACAACAACAACAACAAAUCAACAGCCUUCAUCAAAACCAGAAGAACACCAUAAACAAUGA